AUGUGGAAGUGGUAUGAUGAUACUAAUUGGGUUGAUUAUGGAAAAGCACAAAACGAAAUAUUAAAUAAAGCAGGAAAUAACUUUUGUGUUGAUGUUGAUGAUGAACGAUAUGUUGAAAUAACUAAUCUUAAAGAAAUUUAUAGAUUAUUUGGUGAACUUCCAAAAGACAUCACAGGGUUAUGUGCACUACAACAUCGGAAAGAUAAUCCCCAACGUGUUCGACUUGUUAAAAAUGCAGCUAUUGACACAUUGGUUCAUGACACUAUUUUUUUUUAUGGGGAGAGAGAAUAUUCAAAAUCACGUUGUCGUCUUGAGGCUGAAUCUCUUGGAGCAACCAUCACAAAUGACUAUAUUAUUGCGGAUGAAAUAGUAAUGAACUAUAGUGACCAAUUCAAUAAUGAAAUUAAAAAGAUAGUUCAACAUUGCAAAACGAAUGGAACAAAGAUAUAUGAGACACAGUGGAUUUCUGAUUGUUUUGAUGGAAAGGUUAAAGUCAACACUCAUGAAAUCACCCAAAAAUGGAUUACUCAUGUGGAUGAGAUGGUUGCUGAGUUUGAGAAAGAUGAAAAUGGAUUUAAAAACAAAUAUCAUUAUACACCAAACGAUACUAAAACUACUAUCAUUCAAAGUAGUGAAGAAGAUGACCAAGAAUAUGACGAUGAGUUUAAUUCAGAACAUACUGAAGAUGGAACAUAUAGUACUGAACAAGAAGAAGAAUAUAAUCAAAGUCAAGAAGAAGAAAUUUUUGAUUUGAAAGGAAGUGUGUUUGAAGGAAAGAUCACAUAUUCUGAAAGUAAUGAAGAAUAUACAUUCCAAAUGUGGAUGGAAGAUGAUAAAAAUGUAAAAGGGAUUAUUACAUGGUUUAGCUUACAUAAUUGUCAAACAAGAUUUGAAGGUACAAGAAAAGAAAAUACCUUUCAUAUUAUUGAAAAGUCAUUUUUAAGAGGUGAAGCUUACUCAGAAUUAGGAGAAUAUGAUAUUGUUGCAAAAAGUCCAAACAUAUUAGAAGGUGCAUUAGUUGAUGAUGUAAAAACUCAUAUUCAAUUAUUAAGAGUAACUCCAAAGAAAAGGAAAGGAGAAAUGAAUUCAAAUGAUUUCUUUGAGAAUUAUUCUAAAGCACAAUGCUCUUUAGAACUACAAAUGAAAGGAGAAGUUAAUAAAGAAGGAGACCAAUAUCAAAUAGUCAUUACUCGAGGAGAGUCAACCAUUAAAAUUCCAAUUGAAAGAAAUGGGAAUAAAGUCAUUAUGAAAAUAGAAGAAACUGAAAAAGUAUUCAAAGAAAUUCCAAAUGAACUAGAAAUGUAUGAAACAGAUCAAGGAAUAGAAGUAAUCCCAAUUGAAGAAGAAGAAUUUAUAGCAAAAAUUCAUUUUGAUGGAGUUAAUUGA